AUGAUUAUAACAUUUUUCCCCGAGUUGGAAUAUUGUCAAUUAAUGUUGGGUCAGAAAAUAGAAGCGCUAUUAUCAUUUGAUGAAAGAAGAUCAAUGACUAUGUGCAGAACUCUCACCAACCGAUUUGAUCUCAACACAAAAGACAACAACAACAACAAACUCCUUCUAUCUUUGGAUGAAAUGCAAAAACUAUCUUCAACAACCAACUCUACAUUUAUUGUCUACGUUGCUGAUCAUUGUUAUGUCAUUGCAAAUGAAAAAAUCAAUAUCAAACAAUUACCAAAAAUCAAAUUUAAAAUCAUCUCUAAUUUCACUCGUAAAUUUGUUACAGUCCCACAAAAUAGUAAUAAUGUGGAUAAUGUUGAAAAGUCUCCGUCAUCAUCAGCAAGUGGAGGAGGUAGAUCAUCACUUUCCUUAAAUAAUACGAUGAAUGAACCCCGCGCAGGUCCAGAUGAGAUACAAGCAAUAGAGAUUGCAAAAUGCGCAACUUCGUUUGGUAAAACGUUAGAAACAGAAAGAGUAGCUGAGAUUUCUAAAGUUAAUAAUAACUGUAAUAAUAAUAAUAAUAAUAAUCUAUCUCAAUUACAACAUAAUAAUAAUAAUAAUAUUGAUAAUAGUUAUAAUAAUAAUAAUAAUAAUAAUAGACCGAAUGUAUUAUUAGUUGGUAAUCCAUAUACAAGUGACAAAGAAAAGAAAUUAACUUCUGCACAAGUCGAGGUGAAUAUGUGUGAACAACUAUUCCAACAAUCUGAAUACACUUGUCAUAAGUUGAUAGGCCCAGAAGCAACUCUACCAAAUGUUCUAGAUAUUUUAGAGAAUACAAUACUACGAUACAUCCACUUUGCAGUUCAUGGUGGAUCCAAUGGAAAGAAGGGAUCAACAUUAUUCAAAGGAUCAUUGACAUUGGCUGAACGAGAGGAUGGCAAACCAGCCAAACUAUACGCAGAAGACAUUAUUCAACUUGUCAAUGGAAUCCAAUCAGAUACAGUAUUUCUAAGUUGUUGUCACUCUGGUAAAGGAAACAACAAACAACAAGGUCUCAUUGGAUUGGUUUGGUCAUUUCAUUGUGCAGGUGCUCUAUCAGUUGUCGCCAGUCAUUGGGAGUUACCAGAUACACCACUGACAUUUGAUCAACUCUAA